AUGUCGACGACAGCCCCUCGUGGUGAUCCCUUCAAGCCUGCGGCGAGGGUUGCAGGCCAGCGACAAGAUGUCUGGACGAUUGUUAACGAAGCAGCGGCUGCCUCGCCGGUGCAGCCCAUUGUGAACAUGGGACAGGGAUUUUUUGGUUAUAAUCCCCCGAAAUUUGCCCUGGAUGCCGCCAAGGCAGCGUUGGAUCGCGUGGACUGCAACCAAUACUCGCCGACCAAGGGUCGACCACGCCUCAAGCAGGCUAUUGCGGACGCCCAUGAAGCCUCGUUUGGCCGCAAACUGGACCCGGAGACCGAGGUGACGAUCACAACUGGGGCAAACGAAGGCAUGCUCAGUGCGUUCAUGGGCUUCAUUGAGCCCGGCGACGAAGUCAUUAUCUUCGAGCCCUUCUUUGACCAAUAUAUAAGCAAUAUUGAGAUGCCUGGUGGUAAGAUCAGAUAUGUUCCUCUGCAUCCACCCAAGGAUGGAGCAGUUCGAACCUCGUCUGCUGCGGAGUGGCAGAUUGAUUUCGAGGAGUUGGAGAAGACGAUCAACUCCAAGACCAAAAUGAUUGUCCUCAAUUCACCCCAUAACCCCGUGGGCAAGGUGUUCUCUCGCGCCGAGCUGGAACGCAUCGGCGAGCUCGCUAUCAAAUACAACCUCAUCAUCCUAUCUGAUGAGGUGUACGACCGUCUCUACUACGUUCCCUUCACGAGAGUCGCGACUCUCUCCCCCGAGCUCUACGAACGCACCCUCACUGUGGGAUCGGCCGGCAAGGCUUUCUACGCGACGGGCUGGCGUGUCGGGUUCCUCAUCGGCCCUCCCCAUCUGAUCAAGUACGUUGCAGCCGCGCACACUCGUAUCUGCUACAGCAGCGUCUCGCCACUACAGGAGGCGGCAGCCGUCGCCUUCGAGCAGGCGGACAAGGUGGGCUUCUGGGAUGCUAGUCGCGCGGAGAUGAAGGCAAAGAUUGAGCGGUUUUGCGCGGUAUUCGAUGAACUAGGCCUUCCGUACUCCGAUCCCGAGGGCGGCUACUUUGUCCUUGUCAAUAUGGCUGCAGUCAAGAUGCCAGAAGAUUACAAAUUUCCUCCCCAUGUUGCGAACCGCCCUCGCGAUUUCAAACUGUGCUGGUUCCUCAUCCACGAGGUGGGCGUCGCAGCUAUCCCCCCGACAGAGUUCUAUACCGACGCCAACACCCACAUUGCGGAGGAUUACCUGCGUUUUGCCGUCUGCAAAAACGACGAUGUAUUGGAGACGGCCAAGGAGAGACUGCGUGGCUUGAAGAAGUACAUUCGUAAUUAG